GAGGGAGCGUAGCUCCCGAGUUGUCAUUAUGACCACGCCCAUCGGGUAUCUACACAUAAUCAACAGUGUGAUAUGGGGUAAAUGACUUGUACCAUAGUUUUCAAAAAUUAUUCAUAAGUGUGUCAACUUCUAAGGAAUCGGUCGGACUGGUUCGCGUGAUUGAAACAUUAAGUGUUUGGUUUCAAAGAUGCAUUAGGAUUUUAUAUGAUUUUACGCUCCUUCGUGUCCUUCUGACCACGUCCAUCGAAUAUAGGAUUUGAGUAAUAAAAAUGCCGCGAUGUUACGUUGACAACGCAUACAACAGAAGGAUUGGACGAGUUGGAAUGCCGGUGGGUUCGAUGGUGGUUUCUGGAGGGGAUACUAGCAAGGUUAGCUUCAGAACGUAUGUCGACAAUGCGUACAACCGCAAUUUGGGCAGAGUUGGAAUGCCCCGUGGAUCCAUGCCUGUUUCCAGUUCAGGCAGUUCUUCUUCCCCGAAAACAUACGUUGAUAAUGAGUAUAACAGAAAACUCGGAAGGGCAGGCAUGGAAUAUGGUGCAAUGGUGGUCUCCAAAGGCUCUUCAGAUGAAGAAAGUUCAAGAGGAACGAAGCAUUAUGUCGAUAAUUCUCUCAAUACAUGUAGAAGUCUCUGGCGUGUUUGUCUUCCAGUUGGAACGGUAGUUCACUUGAAAUCUGGAGAGGAUGGUAACAAAGUCUACACAGACAAUCCAGAAAACCGUCGUCUCGAAAGAGUAGGUUUCUGUGUAGGAUCUAGACCCAAAGCCUCGUUUUCAGGAACGGAGCGCACAUAUCGCGACAAUUAUUUGAACAGAGCUCAUAAUAGAGUUGUAGAGGAGCUUGGAAGAAAACCUGUAACCUGCAGCAGGGAAACAGAGUGGAUCCACAAAGCAUAUCAAAGAUACAGAGAAAAUCCGGAUGGGGAGAUUUAUCAAGGGUUACCAGCACUGCCAGAAGAAAUGGAAACGGAUGCGAUAGAAAAAAUGAUAGAAAAUCCGGAUGCAGAGAUUUAUCAAGGGUUACCAGCAUUGCCAGAACAAAUGGAAACGGAUGCGAUAGAGAAAAUGUUUGAUUUAUUAAACAGACUACAGUUUGAGAAAGAAUGGCGCGAAAAAUCAAAGACAAAGCCCGUUCCGAAGACAGAAGAUGCAUUACUUCACUACACCGGUCCGAUUGUUGAGUUUUCCGAUUUGGAGCUUAGAAGGAUCAUUGGUCGUGGUGGUUUUGGGGUCGUUUACCACGCCAAGUACAAUGACUCAGUUGUUGCUGUGAAGAAGUUGCACAUCACUCGAGUUUCCAAGCGGCGUCAGAAAGAAUUCACUGAAAAGGUGAAUAUUCUAAGCAAGCUUGACCAUUCAUUCAUUGUUAAGUUUAUUGGUGCAUGCACAAGAACGCCGAAUCUUUGUAUCGUGAUGGAGUACAUGCAUAUAAGUUUGUACGAAGCUCUACACGUGGACUGUGCUGAUCUAGCCGAAUUUACCGAUGAAGAUCGUCUAGCCAUGAUUAGGCAGACCCUUACAGGCUUAAGGUAUCUGCAUGAGAAAAAUGUUGCUCAUUGCGACAUUAAGUCAAGAAACAUUCUCAUCGACCACGACGGUGAGAAGUUUACGGUUGCCAAACUGUCAGAUUUUGGUUUGAGCAUGAUGAAAAAUAAAACGGAGACUUCUUUGCCGUCUCGUCACGAGGCAGUUCGCAACAUAGGAACACCUCGGUAUUCUUCGCCAGAGGUUCUUCGAGGUGAACUUUUAAGCUUAUAUCAGAUGAAGAUGAGCGACAUGUAUUCUUACGCUUUAGUUGUGUUUGAAAUAAUUUGUGAAGAGGAACCAUUUGCCAAUCUUAGCGCUGCACAGCUGCGCACCCAAGUUGGCGAGAAGGAUCUUUACCCACAAUUCCCUAAAGAUGUUGAUCCCGAUAUUAAUCUAGCAACACAACUUUUGGCUUGCUGGGAGAGAAAGCCAUCUUAUCGCCCCACGGCUAGAAGAUUUCUUCGAGUUGUUAAUCGCUUGUCGUGUGUUUAUGAGAAAUCAGAUUGGUAAAAUCACAAAUAAUGUAUUUUGCUGGUUCACAUUUUUCUGUUGUUGCAUUUUUCAUGACAUUGUUAAAGAUGCAAUUGUGUCGAAUUCUUUAAUUUUUAUGUUUACUAGACUAGUAAUUGUAUGCAUGUUUUAAAUCUUAUCAGUAGAUUUUUAUGUUAUUAAGUUUUAACUUAUUUUUUUGUAUAUUUACAAUCGUUGAAUGUUAGUUGUUCUUUGUUUAAGGGACAGUGCUUGAACAAAUCAUUCAGCUGUUCAUUCUAAUUUUACAACGCAUUGUUUAUUUUAAGGAAUAGUAUAUAUUACUUUGUAUACAUUCAUUAUACAUGUAUUUUCUACUUGUUAAUAUUCAUCUAACUAUAAAUAUUGUAAUUAAAUGUGUUGAUGUACUAGCAUAGAAACACUAUGAAAAUAUAUAUCACAAUGCUAUAAUUCAUCUUAAGUACAUGCAUAAAUUAUAAUAAUUUAUAUGAAGCAAUAUAUACUAGUAUAUUUUUGAAAAGUUCUAUCACAAAAUUGUUUAAGGUCCAUGAUAAUUGUUCCUUGAAACAUCUGCAGAAGAAUUUUAGUGCUAUCUAUUUUAAUUUAUAUACACUGUAUCUGUAACUUUCAAAACUUGAUACGAAAAACACUUUAUGGUCAAUUGAACUUGAAAUACCUAUAACUCAUUUCGAAAAGGGUAUAUUUUGCAGUAAGUUCAUAAUUAUUUACGUUUUGUCCUUUUUUGAUUAUUAUUUGUAUUCUGAACAAAUGUAUUGAUUUUUUAGGGUACAGGUUUGCCAGUAAGACGGUCUUUGCAGAUGCAUCGUCCCCCCUAGUGUCCUCUGUAUUCAAGCCUAAAUAUAUACUAUUAUACUGCUACUAUUACAAAAAUAUCCG